AUGGGCGAGAUUCCUCAACAACAAGAGCAUAUUUUAUGUCUUCUCCCUUUUCCAGAAGAUGCCAAAAUUUUGGAUAGGUUGAGACAAAAGUAUAACGUGGAAAUUACAUACAAGCAGAUAUUCUUUGGUGUAGGGAAAGCAUUGGAACUUGCAGCUGUGCCAGAUGAAACCUGGCAUCAUGCAACUAUACUCGUUACCCUCUCAUCCUUCCCUCCUUCCGCCGAGCAAGCUAAGAAUCUCAAACUCAUCCAUCUUUUCAGCGCCGGCACAGAUAGAUUGAGCAACACUCCGAUCUGGAAAGACACCAAAAUCCCAAUUACAAACUCGUCUGGUGUACAUGGACCGCAGAUAUCAGAAUGGGUUAUCAUGCAGAUCUUGAGCCAUUCGCAUAAGGAGAAGAUAUUGGUUGAGUGGCAGAAAAAACAUGUUUGGGGAGAUUACAAACAAUUGGGUUCAAUGAGAGAUUGCGUGGGUCAAAGACUGGGCGUUCUUGGGUAUGGAGCGAUUGGAAGACAAGCUGCGAGAAUCUGUAAAGCUAUGGGAAUGGAUGUUAUAGCUUAUACGGCAUCGCCACGCACGACUCCUGAGUCUAGGAAAGAUGAGGGUAAAUAUAUUGUCCCCAAUACUGGCGAUCCAGAUGGCACACUUCCGUCUGCCUGGUACUCCGGACUCGAUAAGGAGAGUCUGCAUAACUUCCUCAAACAGGACAUCGAUAUUCUUCUGAUUUCCGUUCCCCUGACACCACAAACUCGCCACUUCCUGUCCGCAGCUGAAUUCGAAAUAUUGGGAUCUAAAACAAACGCUUUCAUCAUCAACAUUGCCCGGGGUGGUAUUAUCAAUCAAGAUGAUCUGAUUACAUAUUUGAAGAAGCCAUUGAGUGAAGGAGGUUUGAGGGGAGCUGCAUUGGAUGUUACAGACCCAGAACCUCUACCUCAAGAUAGUGAGUUAUGGACUUUGGAAAAUGUGGCUAUUACACCUCACGUCAGUGGGCUUGGGACGACGUAUGCGGAGAGGAGUUUUGCAAUCUUGGAUGCGAAUUUGGAAAACAUAGAAAAGGGGAGGGAUCUUAUCAAUUUAGUGGAUAGGAAAAAGGGGUAUUAG